UGAGGUUAAAUCUAUUUAAAGUUGCACCAUCAAAAUCAUGAUUCCCUUACAAACAUCGAACAUCAACUCAAGCUGCCAACUGCCAAUACCUCAUUCGUGAUACCCCCGUCACUCACAAACGUAUUCCAUUUAUGUAUCUCCACUUAUAUAGCCUUGCUUUAUCCUAAAUACCACAUCACGGGGUCUGUCGAAUAAAUGUAGCAUCCGAUGACAACCCAGGAAGAAGAUAUCGCGAAGUUUUCCAGCCCGGACGAAGCCCGCCAAAAGAAACGCCCAAAGGGCUCAUUUCAUGCCUUCGGGAGGGUUAAAUUACCUCCUCUGUCAACCUGGGAGGGUGAUGGUGCAGUAUCUACUGGGCUCCCACGCCUGGAUGCUGCUCUGGCACUGCCCUCUGGACUGAGACCAUCCCCUUUGGGCCCCGGACGGAACAGUCAACGUUAUAACGGCCACCAGGAUGUGCCUGCGAAGGGUAUCAAGCGCGGAGAAGUUACAGAGGUUACAGGACCGCGGGGAGUGGGGAAGACCUCACUUGCAAUGGGAAUUGCGGCACGGGUAUUACAGGCGGCGCAGAAAGUUAUCUGGAUAGAUACCGCUGGCCCUAUGAACCCAACAAGGCUCAAAGACAUCUGCCAAAGAGUUAGAGUUUCAGGCUUAUCCGACAACUCAUCCGAUGCAGCGUCAAAUGGAGGCAGGAGCGACGAAAUCCUCAACGAGCUAAUAUAUUUCCACCCACCAACACUUGCACAUCUCCUAGCCCUAAUAUCUCAUCCGCCAAAGGGCUUCCCACCCCAAGAAACAGGCCUAAUCGUAAUUGACUCCAUCUCCUCCCUCUUCACCUCCGAAUACCGCACCAAACUACCACCGAGAAACAGUAACCCAAAACACAGGACAACCGCGGAAUCCAAAGAGGAAAGAACUCGCUGGAAAAUCAUCGGUAAUCUGGUUAUGGAUUUGAAAAAACUUGCUGCCAGAUUAAAUUGUGUUGUUAUCGUCAUAAACGAAAUGGCUUCGCGGUUCAGGGGAACACAGCCACCUGUCCUUCACGAGGCCCUCUCGGGCAUAACAUGGGACUCCGGGGUCACUACACGCAUAAAGCUUUGUUGGCAUUGGCUACCCCCUAGCCUUCGAUCACGAGUGCGCAUGAAACGUGUGCGAUUUGCGGAGGUGGCUAAGGUUGAAAAAGUCGGGCUUAUGCAUGGGAGAUCGCUCAGGAUCGUUCCAUUUGUAAUUAAAAAGACCGGUCUGCAUGAAUUCGGUCCCCGGCCUGGCGGCACACCGCUUUCCAUCUUCACCCGCAUCUCCAAGCGCCCGCAUGUAGUACAUGUGCGUUCGAAACGGAAGCUCGACCUUGUUAUCGAUGGCAGCCCCGACACAAGUCGAAAACAUCGAAUGGAGCCUGCCACAACAACGCCAGGGUUCAAACUUCAAAAUAGCGAGCUGGAUGAAGGUACCGGUGGGACGACACCGUCCGAUGCAUCUUUAGCCUUAUCGAUAAAAGAAGAAGACGAACAGGAACAGGGCUAUGAGUAUGAAUGGCUAGAUGAGGAGGGAAUAGAAUUUGUUGAUGAGACUGUUGAUGGGGAGGAGCCUGGAAGUGAUGACCAUGCUGGCUCUGGUGAUGGUAAGGGUGAUGACAGUCCUUGCCUAAGCCACAACAUGGGAGAGGAUAUUGAUGAUGAUACAGUUCUUCUACUACAGAAUAUCUCUAGCGAGGACGAAUUUGAUUGAGUUGGUUGGUUGGGCGCUGCUUUUUGGAAUUUGUCUUUUUAGUGUUAGAAAACCCAACUAUGUAACUUGAAUAUAGCCGAUGUAAUGGUCCCUAGGGCUACCGGAAAACCAUUUGACUCUCCACCAAUAACUGUACGCACAAGGGUUUGCAGAUCUGGACAUUAACAGCUGGCUGUUGCAAGCCGCGAAGCUGAGGAGACCACAGCUCAAAAGUAACACUUCUUAAGUAUCCGAAUAUCCACAUCUUCCGUUCGUGUGAAUGCAUUCAAGAGAAAAAGCAUUUAUCUGGCCGGCCUGCUCUCAAUUUUGGUCCUCGAACUGUAGGUAUGCUAGGUGCCUUUGAGAAGGUAGACCACUGCAGUAAAGGGGUUAAACCUGAAAGCGGGCAUGCCAUCUUGAGAUAUCUAGCCAUAUAUAUGUUCUUAUCCGGCGUUUGCUUGCUAAAACAAUCUUAUCCUACACAUUUCCGCGUCUAUCGGCGCAGUUAC